AUGGAAUAUCCCCCGGGCUCAAAGAUCCUCGAGAUUGGUUGCGGACAAGGAGAUUUCACCUUGGUGGCGGCCUAUAUGGUGGGCGACCAGGGCCAUGUCACAGGAAUUGACCCGGCACCAUUGGACUACGGCGCACCUAUGACUCUAGGAGAAACACAGGACAAACUAAAGCAGAAUCCCAUCGGUGACCGAAUGACAUUCUAUCAAUCAACCCUGGAAGAGUUCCUCGAUUCAAGCGUUUCAGAGCAAGUCUAUGACUAUGCUAUGUUUGUGCAUUCGGUUUGGUACCUGCCAUCUGCCAGCGCGUUGCUGCCAAUGCUGGCAGCUCUCCGCGGAAGAACGAAACACCUUCUCAUUUCGGAGUACUCCCUCGAUGUCCGCGGCGAUAUCGCCGCUCUGCCACAUCUGCUAGCAGCAAUCUCACAGGCUGAGUUCAACUCUAGAGACCACACCUUGGACCGGGAUGAUAAUGUUCAAUCCAUUAUAUCCCCACCCAUGAUUUGUGCGGUGGCGCAAAAGGCAGGGUGGGAGCUUCAGAAAGAAGACAUUGUUGAGUCCCCCGAGGGACAAGAGGAUGCAAGAUGGGAGGUUCAUCGAGUCUUGUCGGAGGAAUAUGCUCUUAGAUCGGGGUCAUCCGGGGAUGCUGGUCGCCAAGGCUUUGCAAGUGAAUUAAUCCAUGCUGUUGCAGAGAGCAAGCGGGCACUUGGACCGAGUCCAAAGCUUAGGACAUUGCCUACGUGGCUGGGCUCUUGGGUGUGA